GCGCUGGGCAGGACCGCGGGCGCGGCGGCGGGGUUCCCAGGGGGCCAAGUCUUUCCCGACGGAGCCGGCGGGGGGCACCUGCCCGGUCCGGAGCCGCAGCAGACCGGCAGCAGCCGCUGGCACCGGCAUGUCUGCGGGACGGCUCCUGCCUGCGCGCCCGGGAGGCUCCCUGCCAGGAUCGCCCCGGCUGCAGGAGCCCUGACGGAGGAGGCGAAGCUCGGCCCGGUUUGAAAGUUUGCCAGGCACCCGCUAGUUUUAAUUGCUGCAAAGAUCCGCGGGGCUGUUUCCAAGCAUGGGAGACAGGCGGCCGGAGGCUCGCGCCAGCUCUUCCCCUGCCGUGGCUGCCAGCUCCGAAGCAGAAGAAAUAGAGGUUUUGGAGUCGGAGGAUGUCUUGCCUAUGGCCACAGAGGAUCACUGGAAAGCUCUGUUUGAUCAGUUUGACCCCGAGAGCACUGGCUACAUCAGCCCUGAGAAAUUCCAAAACCUCCUCCAGAGACACGGCUCGGAGCUGGACCCACACAAACUGGAGGUUCUCUUGGCCUUGGCAGACAAUAAUUCAGAUGGGAAGAUCUGUUACCAGGACUUCGUCAACCUGAUGAGCAACAAAAGGUCCAAUAGCUUCCGCCAAGCCAUUCUGCAGGGGAACAGGAGGCUGUGCAGCAAGGCACUGCUGGAGGAGUCGGGACUAAGCCUGUCCCAGAGGCUAAUUCGACAUGUUGCAUAUGAGACCCUGCCACGCGAGAUAGACCGGAAGUGGUACUACGACAGUUACACCUGCUGUCCUCCGCCCUGGUUCAUGAUUGCCAUCACCAUUGUAGAGGUUGCCUUUUUUCUUUACAACGGAGUGGUAUUAGACAGAUUUGUGCUGCAAGUCACCCAUCCUUUAUACCUGAAGAACUCAUUAGUGUAUCAUCCUCAGCUCCGUGCUCAGGCUUGGAGGUACCUAACCUACAUAUUCAUGCAUGCCGGGAUAGAACACCUUGGACUCAAUGUUGCUCUUCAGCUUCUGGUUGGGGUUCCCCUCGAAAUGGUGCAUGGAGCAGCAAGGAUUGGCUUUGUCUACAUUGCUGGAGUUGUAGCAGGUUCCCUGGCGGUAUCAGUAGCUGACAUGACUGCGCCAGUGGUGGGUUCCUCUGGAGGGGUUUAUGCACUCCUUUCUGCUCAUCUGGCCAACAUAGUAAUGAACUGGUCUGGAAUGAAGUGCCAAUUCAAGCUGCUGCGCAUGGCUCUUGCCUUGAUCUGUAUGAGCUUUGAAUUUGGAAGGGCUGUGUGGCUGCGGUUCCAUCCAUCUGCUUACCCCCCAUGUCCGCACCCAAGUUUCGUCGCCCACCUGGGCGGGGUAUUGGUUGGCAUCACAUUGGGCGUGGUCAUCCUAAGGAACUAUGAACAGAGACUCCAGGACCAGUCCUUAUGGUGGAUCUUUAUUUUUAUUUAUGUCGUCUUUGUAUUGUUCGCCAUCUUUUGGAAUGUUUUUGCCUACAAUCUAUUGGAUCUGAAGCUACCUCCACCUCCUUGAGAGCCUGGGACAGAGAACUCUGGAGGCAAAAAACUUUUUCAUCUGCCAGCUAUGUUAAAUUAAUCAAAACCAAGGAUUUAUUUUUAUAUGAUGAUUAGGGGAUAAGUAAAUGGUCUUCUGAAAAUGCACAAGUUAAGGAAACAUGUGACAUCGUUUCUAACUGUACUGUAUGCUGAAGAAGAUUAUUUAAGCUAAAACCUAACAAUAGAACUGGCCUGAGAGAAGUUGGAACAUGAGUCAUACAGGUACUGUUAACACUCAGUAGGGACCCAAUCCUGCAGCUUCUCCAUUGUGGCUAUUCCCCUGAGGAAGGGCUGCAGGAUCAACCCUAUGUUUGUAACUGGGCAUUUACCACUCGCUUUAUUAGCACACACAUUGAUGUUUAGUCUGGGUCACUUAAAUUUUUCCAGGUUAUGCUGGAUCCAUGACUAGUUGGUUUAUGAAACUCCUGUGUUUAACUGAAUAGUAAAACAAAAACAAGCUUCACUUUUACUAACUAGAGCAUAGGUGCUGGAAUGAGGGGUGCUGCUACACUCGCUGGCUUGAAGUAAUAAUGACAACCCAAAUACAUGGUUUCUGCCUUCAGCACCCCCUCUAUAAAAAUUGUUCCAGCACCACUGAACUAGAUUCAAGGGACACUGACAAGGCAAAUUGAAUUUGGUUUUAAUGGUUGAGUUUGACUGGUCAGCCAUGCCACUACCAUUGUCUUAAUACUUGAAUGGUUACUUAAAUAUUUAGUCCAUAGUUUAGGCUGUCUUAAGCAACUUCCAAAGGGGCCAGCAAAACUUAGUCACCUAUCAUGGUAGAGAUUGAUCUUCAACUAAAUGUCAAACAAAAUUGCACUAGAAACCUUGGGGAUACUAUAAAGUGGUUGUUUCAGAUGGGACACUGUAUCAGAGGUGGCUCUUACCAUCAGUACAUGUUUCACUUGAUUUUUACAACCCGUUGUGGUAAAUAAUUGGGUGGAGGCAGUUUAGGAUUUUGCUAAUGUUCAGUUGUGUUUUAUAUUGGUUGACAAUCAGGUUGUUUUCUUCUGCCCUUUCUUUCUGGCUAUGUAUGGUCUAAUGCCCUGUCUGCAAAGAGUUUGGAAAGCGUGUCAGAACUUCUCCAGCAGGGUUUGCUUAAACUCAGUUCUUGCUAGAAGAGUGUGGACAUGAUUUCCCUCAACAAUGUAGACGGGAAAUAUGCAGGUUAUAAAACCAUGCUACAAACCAUUCAGUAUGCUAGAGGCUAAGUUUAUCCACCAAAGUCAGCAGAGUUACACCAGGGAUUUAUUUGCCACUAGUUUCCUACCCAAGUGUGUCAUCCCUGGCUUGGCUGGUAUGACCAAUGCUUGUAAAAUACUGGGAAUAACUGUUGUGCGUGGACACAAAGUCUUGCCUAGGCAAUGGACCUUUAGGGGUUCCAAGCAACAAUUAGUUGUGAUGCCUUUUUGCCUAGUAUAGUGAGGGCACAGGUUUUAUAGAUUCCCUAACUGGUUUAUAGUACAGUUUGUAAAGCAAAAAGGCCUAAUAGCAUGAUUCACCAUGCCUAUAUAGACCAGGGAAACCAUUUAAAACCCUUUGUAGCAUGGGCUUUAAGCACAAAUCUCUAGUAAGGUGCUUAUGUUAUUUCACAUUUCACUGUUGACUGCUAACUGCACAGCAGAAAAAAAAACAGUCCAGGAAGGUGGAGGAUUUACCCUCUUAUAGGUUUCCCUUAAUUCCUCUGCCCCUUCUAUAUUGCCAUAGAUUUUAAGGCCAGAAAAGACCAUCAGAUCAUCCAGUGUAACCUUCUUUGUAACACAGGCUUUAGUCAUGAGGAAAUUCUAUGGCCUAUCUUCUGUCUUAAAUGGAUGCCCUUGAUAACACAAAAAAGGUGUGUGUGCAGGGUGUGAAAUUCACACCUGUGCAGAGGGCCAGCAGGAGGCCUAUGCAUCAGUUAAAUCUCACCUAAGACACAUACUGGAGGCUUAGGUGAGAUGGAUCAGGUCAUAGAUCUUGUUGGUCCUGUGUAUAGGGGUGAAUUUCACCCAUCCCAGAAGAUGGGGGUAGGAGACAUGGCUUCUAAAUCACAACCCGAGAGGGUCAAAAAUGCUCAAGUUUUGGGUGGGAAUUUUUUUCAUUUUUUUCCAUUAAAAAAAAUUUUUUUUUGCUGGACUGUUUUUGACCAGCUCUGUUUCCAAGGCUUGUAAUUCCCCCUAGCUGGGGAAAACAGAAUCCUGACAUUGUCUCCUGAGAUCUGGGCACCAGGUCUGGAAACAGGUGGCUUCCUAAUCUCUGCCAAAGACAAGCUCACAUAAUUAGAUGAUUUGGGCACAAUUUGGAAUCAGCAGCGAGUUUUGUUUGUCUUUCAGUAACACCUCUCUUUGUUCCUGAGCUUUAUUCUCUUGCCCACCUAGAUGAUGCCAGUGCUGAUGCUGAGGGCUGUGACCUCCUCCCAAGUGUUAACUCAGUGAUGUUCUUCAUCUGUCAUUUUAAUCCCUGCUGCUUUGGAUAAAACACUCUCCAUGGUGAAAGCCUGACUCCACUAAACUCAAUGGCAAAGCUCCCAUUGACUUUUUAAGGGUAUUAAAUGAGCCUUAUCUGCAAAGGAAACUUUUAUUUCCCCUUCUUCUUGUGCAGUGUCUGAAAGUUUUGAAGCAACUGCAACAGCAACAAAAUUGUUCCCUUUUAGUCUGAAGCAUGGUUCAUAAGACCCCACUUCAAGGAAGCCUUGUAAUAGGAAACCAUAAGGCCUAUUGUUUGAGAGCACUUGUGGGUUUCUUUGGUAUGGGUCCAAUUCCAAGUUAUCCAAAUUCCAAAUUAUCCCUGCAGUUUGGAGCCAGCUCUAAACAAUCACAUGUGCAAGAGUUUGGAUCCCUUGUUCCAGGUCAGGGAUCAUUCUGGGUGUUUCAUAAUGAUAGAUGCAGUGUAGUUGUAGCUGUGUCAGUCGCAGGAUAUUCGAGAGACAAGGUGGGUGAGGUAAAUAAGAUAUUGCCUCACUCAUCUUGUGUCAUAAUGAUAGAGACAGCAUCCUUGAGUGGGUGGGAGAGCAGGGAGAGAGGAAUAACUAGAGAUUAGAUAAUUAGUUGCUAAAAACAUUAUUCAGAUUGGAGGAGGAGGACAUCUCUGCUUCAGUCCCCUUCUCUGGAUAUUGAUAAAUCAUACCUUUUACAGGUGCCUUUAAACUAGAGCUGGUCAGAAAAAAGAGGAGUUUUCCACAUGGAAAAUUGUGAUAAAAAUGAAAAAAAAAAAUUGUGUUCAUUGACGUUUUCAGCAGAAAAAAUGACUUUUCAUCAACAAAACAACAAUUAUUAGCCAAAACUUCCAAAACCCAGAUUUUUUUUGUCUAAAAACUGAAAAAUGUUUCUGGUUUCCAACCAAAAAAAAAAACCCAAACAUUUUUUAACUUUUAAUUUUGAGGAAAGUAGACACUUCCUCACAAAAAAAAAAAAAAAAAAAAGCUUUGUCAAAAACUCAAUUUUCCGUCAAAAAAUUAUAUGGAACAUUUUCAAUCUGCCCUACUUUAAACUUCAUGAAGAUUUCUUCCGAACAUUUUUAUUUUUGGACUGCACCACAUGGGAAGGAAUUUACAUGCAAAUUCCCAAGGAACCUCCCUUCAAGGGCACUCUCUCCCUCUAAAAAAUCUCUGUCCUACCUCUGUGUAAAGGUGUGUCAACUGCCCCUCGGAGUCACUGUUACGAAGAAUGCAGGUUUGUUGUAGUAAAGUGCUGCUAGAUGGGUCUUUGGUGAUGGAGAGACUAUUUUACAUCCCAUUUCAGCCUCACCAUGUGUCAGUAUUUGAAUGAGAGAGAGGGAAAGAAAUCAACAUAUUAUCCAUACUAGAUAAUUGAAGGCUGUACUCAGCAGCUUGCAUGUUAGAAAACUCCUCUUGACCUCCCUGAAAGAGGUAUAGGAUUAGCCCUUGAGGGCCUGUUUCUACAAAUGCCUCUGUCCCAGCUGUACCUGUUCAGUGGCUUAAUAAUGGACUUUAGACUCCUAGGCCAUCAAUCUCCUUGUUAUCUGUCAUCCUUUUCCUAGCACUGGCCAAGAUAGAUCAUCAGUCCAGGAGGAUGAAGAUAGAUGGGGGGGAUUCUCUGACCGUGGGACCAUAUUCCAGUUCUUCAUCCAUUCAUUCAUCUAGGCAGGGCUCCUUGGAAGAUCUCCGCCAGCUUCUUCCAUCCCUCCUUUUAAUCCUGUGACCUGCCUCCCUAGCCCUGUUUGUGCAUUUUUUUUGUCUCAGUGAUCUGUUGAUUUUUCUGUUCUGUUGCUCCCUCCCUCAUCUGAAGGAGCAGGCCUUCAUUGCUUGGGUGGGCUCUGCCAACCAAUCCCAGUUCUCAGUUAGGCUGACACCUGAAACCAGCACUAAAUUCACACAUACAGAUGAAUAAAUCAAGCGUUUUAUAUUUCAAUAUAUUAAGGGUGAAUUCAUCCACACACCUCACACAAAGGCAAGGAAAUGAACAUAAUCUAUGCUCAAUGUCACCAGCUGAGAGAUCAAGGGCAGUACAAGACACUUGGGCUGAGAUCUUUACUCCCUCUUUUGAAAACUGUUUGAUAGAUUCUGACACUAUUUUAAAGAGCUUGUGCAGUUUGAUAUUUUAAAAUGGUUAAUAUCAAUCUCAAUUAUGCUGUCUUUUAAACUCAGUGAGUGAAUAGAGGAUAGAUUUUCUCUUUCACCUCCAGAUGUCCUUGCUGUUGCCGGUUUGUGUCAGAGCCUUAACAUUACUCGUCUCCAGUCAUUUGUGGAUGAAUUGGGACUUACAGGCUCUUCUCAUCUGGUCACGAAGGAGCAAUUUACAUCGUGAAUUGAUUUUCUUUUUUUUUAAUUCAGCUGCUACCAGAAUUUCACAUUAUGUAGUUCAACAAAAUGUGAAUGUAUUGGACCUUACAGAUACUUAAUUCACACACUCUCUCUGACAUUAUGAUCAACAUGAAGACACUAGUGAGUGGUGUAUAUUUUAUAACAAGUUUUUUCUUGUGCUAAUGUCCUUGGACAAGUAUUUCAUGGUGAAAAGAAGAGAUGUGGUGAACCUGUAAGAGCUAUUCCCAUAGUCGAUGUUGAAUUGCAGCACAGCUACUGUAUAGGAUUAUCCAGUAUUGGGCUUUAGGGAGCAACCAGAUGGGAGGGGUAAUGAAGACUGACUCAGAAUCUGGGGACACGAGUAAUACAACUCUUAGAGAGACACCUGCUGGUCAAUUCAGAGGUUGACACUGGCAGCUGCUUUCACUUAGAACUCCAUGCUGAUGGCUCCUUCUCAUGGGAGCCAAAAAGAAAGAAAUUAAUAGGGGCCAAAAAAAAAAGCACCAUCCAGAAUGAAAAGAUGAGUGUACAGUCAGUGGGAGUUGCAAGUUGCACCUCUUAUUCUUAGAUCCUUGGAUCUAGAAACAUUUUUUUGCACACAUCACUAAUAUUAAAUAAAGGAAAAAGCCAGAUAAGGAGGGAUGGGAUAUGAGCUCACGAGAAAUAACCUCUACAUGUGGGUUAAGGAAGAAAAACUUUUAACUUUUGCUAAAUCUUUAACUAAGCAUUUCAUGUCCUUUUUCCAGUCAGCCAGUAAUACUUCGCGCUUACAUAGCAUAUCAAAAAUAUUUAUGAAUCUUCACUACUUGCUUAGGUAGAAAUAAGUAUUUUAUAAAUGAGGAAACUGAGGCUAGGGGAGUUACAACUUGUACAAGGUGACAAAGUGAGCUUUUGUCAGAACUGGGACAAGAACUCAGGGAUCCUAUCUCCUGGACCAUGCUCUGUCCAAUGGACCAUACUGCCUCUGGUUUUCAGAUUGGAGAAUUUGGGUUUUAAUUUGUAUACAACAGAUGGAAUCCUAUGCUUGGUCCCAAAAUAGUGUGGCCAUCUCACAAAGUCAAUAGACCUCCUAAGAUGUCCAAGAUUUUGUGCCAACAUUUUAUUCUUGCAAGAUUUUGGGCUGGAUUUUCAAAAGCACUUACCGUAUAUACUCAAUCAUAAGCCGGUUCGUUUAUAAUGGGUUCUCAAACUGGGGCUCGGGACCCCUCAGGGGGUCACAAGGUUAUUACAGGGCGGGUCGCGACCUGUCAACCUCCAUCCCAAACUCUGCUUUGCAUCCAGCAUUUAUAAUGGUGUUAAAUAUAUAAAAAAGUGUUCUUAAUUUACAAAGGGGGGGUUGCACUCAGAGGCUUACUAUAUGAAAGGGGUCACCAGUAAAAAAAAAAGUUUGAGAGCCACUGGUUUAUAAGCCGACCCCCCCCCUCCCCAGAUGGAUAAGUAAAAAUAGAAAAUUUUUAUGACCCAUUCAUAAGCCGACCCUAUAAUUCAGGGGUCGGCAAACUUUGGCUCCCGGGCCAUCAGGAUAAGCCGCUGGCGGUUUGUUUACCUUGAGUGUCUGCAGGCAUGGAGGUAAACCUAAGUAAACAAACUGUCCCAGCCCGCCAGCGGCUUACCCUGAUGGGUCGGAACAGCAAGUGGUGGGAAAAUUUUGGGCGAGGGAGAAGCUGGCGGUCAGGGGAGUAACCCCUAUGACCACCCCCCACAUGACCCUACCCACAGCCCGGGACCCCCACACUCUCCCCAUCCCAUCCCUUCCCACCUUAGCUGGGGCGGACCAGGGGAGGAUGUCUCUGGCCUGGCUGGAGCUGCUCUGGCAGGCGCGGCUGCAACCUGCCAGCCGCAGAGCUGCAGCUGCUUCAGAGGUUGAGGGGAGAGCAGCGUGGCCAGAAGCGGAGACACUCUGGCCCCAUCUCUUCCCUUCUGGCUUUGCUGCCUCUCCUUGCCCCCUCUGUUGGGGGAGGGGCUGUGUCCCACCUCUCCCCCUCUAUACC